CAGCCUCCGCCUCUUUUUGCUGGUCUGUCAUCCACACCGCUGUACUUGCAGCCAUUUUACCGUGGAGCGUCGACGCAGCGGCAGCCCGAGGAUGCCGAGACAGCGCCGUUGAAAGAUCCAGAAACAUGGCUGACGCACCUCAAGCUCCCGUGGUCAGCCAGCCAUUGGCGUUUGCCAACGAGGAGCGGAGGGCCAUUCACUCCUGGUCUCGGAUCUCAUCCGCGGGGCACAAUGUCCUCCUGGACGCUCUGAAGAUCCUCAGCCCGAAGUCCCGAGACCUUUCCAGCACCGAGGAUCUGGUGACCUUCCUGCAGGAGCUGAGCGAGGAGGGCCACAAGCCCAGCGUGCUGCGCAGCAAGGACGUCUACCGCUACAGGUCCUGCACGAGCCAGCCCCUGACUCGAGACAUGCUGAAGCUGGCCAGCAAGAAUGUCCGACCCACCACCAAGAAGAGGAAGAGAAAGCCCCAGGCCAAAAAAAGGGAGGUGCAUCCAUCCUGGAGCACGUCGGAGAGGAGCAAUCCCAGGAUCCGAGGAAUCCGGCCCCCGGGGGCGUCGGUGGACCGUCACGCCAUCGUGUGCAGCCGGACGCCCAGUCAAACUGUAGAGCUGUCGCCGGCGGACCUGCAGCCGUGCCUCAGACUGACCAACAUAGAGGGUCUGUCCGGCUUCCACACGGCGAGACUCCAGAUCCAGACUGUGUGGGACUCUGAGACGAGUUCCGUCACCUUCCCGCUGCAGCUGCACCCCCCAACAAUUUCAGGAAUACCUUCUCAGCCUUCUCAGAACGGUGACGGGGUGUCCGCCAAAGCCGUGGCCUUGUUCAGCCAGAAGAACCUGUCCUGUCCCAUCCGCCUGGACGGCGCCCUCAUCGGAGACUCCGCUCCGGUCUUCUAUGCCAACGGUCGGGGGUUCUCACAGGCCCACACGGACCUGACCAGCAAUGGCUGGAGGGGCAACGGCCUCCACCGGGAACUAAGGGACGGCUGGAAGGACAAGAAAGCUUUCAGGCAGAAGGUGAUCAAAGUGGACGACUCUCGCUCUGUGGCCGAGGCCUGCAGGAAGGCCCAGAAGAUCCUACAGGUCAACCUUUCUCCGGUCAUAGAGAUCCAACCUCUCAACCACGUGCUAAGAGACUUCAGAUUUCAGAAGUGACCCCCCCCAGCCCCUCCACUAACCCCACCUCCUUUAGCAGGUGUUCGUGUUUUCCAUUCGUUAACCUCCACCGUCCGUGUCCAGAUCCCACGUCUCGCCUGAGUUUCUGUUGCUGCUGGGAUCAGAGAGGAUCCCGUGGAGCUCCUGGGGUUGAAAGGCAUUUUCAGAUGGGCGAUGCUUUUCCUAGCAGGCUGGGAAACGUCUGUGCGUCCGGCGGCUGCGGGACCCUUCUGAUGUUGUUUACGCCACGCCGAACAUCAGAACGACUCUGGUGCUCGUUUGGAAGCAGCGUUCGCCGGAGGAGCCGGACGUUCUGCCUUUUUUAACCAGGCACUGAAUGUGGGUUCAAUAUUUAAAAAUCAAUUUAUGUGUUUGGAAAUUAGGGAUUUUUUUUUUUUAACUUUCUUGCAUCAGCUGCGUUCCGUCUGCCACAAACUAUCUUCAGAGAGAAUUUAAAAAUGAAGCUGUUGUUUAGAUGAAAGUAUCAGGUGUCCAAUAGAAUCAGUUUAACUCACAGGAAGGAUUGAAACUGUUUCUUUUAUGUUUUUGUUUCCACUGGAGGUCAGGCCGGCUCUGGAGAGGAGAAGCAGCAGAAAAUCACACAAAGCUGAAUUAGAGCUGACGUUUUUCACAAAGUGUUCCUUCGUUUCAAUCAUUCAUCAACCAGAAACAAAUAAAACAAAAGGUUUUGUGCAGGAAAUAUGAUUUAAACAUAAAUGUGUGAAAACUACUACAUCUACACUGAAAUGAACAUCAGGUUUAGGAGUCUGUAAUUUCAGAUUAAAACCAGAUUGAAGUGGAUGCUGCACAACUCUGAUCCUGGUUUUUAAAAUUGAGUGUUUUCCUGAAACGAGGGUUUGCUCUCAACAUAAACAACUGAGUCUGGAAAGCUGGAGUCACGGUUUGACCCGAAUUAGGCUGCAGGUAAACAAACACCUGGCAGCUGGUUAGUAAUAUUUAAGUUAAAGACGCGUUAACCAUUAAUAGGAAAACAAAAAUUGUGUCACUUUAUUUAUUGUGUUCUUAUCUUUUUUUAUGAUUAUGCAAAAAAAGUUUUCAUGAAUCAGUAUCAAAAUGUAAGAAAUACAGCAUAAUUUAGCUAGCUGGCUCGUUAGCCUUGGGGCUCAGUUCACACUACCCGAUUCUGAAAGAGCUAACGAGCUAAUGGCUAGCCCGAAUGUGACCAGAGGAUUUUGUUUUCGUAAAGCGUCUCUAACCUCCAAAAAUUUCAAAUCAAUUCAAACAAAAUAGAUUCCACAGUCCUUUACCAACGAUGAAAUUUAAAAAUAUUCCUGCAGGAAGUGGCUCCAGGUUGAACUAGAAGUGCUAUAGCUUGCUGCUGCUGCUACUUGCAAGUCCAACAUAAUUAAAAACAAAAGGUUUUUCUGUUAGCCAUUAGCUAACCAGUUCAAAUGAUUUAUCCAGACAGAGGUUCAGAGUAUCUGCAGCAGGUCAGAUAAAUUUGUUUCUUAAUUCCACUUCAAAAUGUAAAAAUUUUCAUUUUAAUUUUGGAUUUAAAGGUGUUAAAAUCUUUGUUGGUCUGACGGUCACCCGGUCCACCGCUAUGUUUUCUAACACCGUGUACUCCGGCUGCAGCCGUUGUUUUUUUUUUUUUUAAAGUGCGCUGCAGCCGUUGACUCGUUUCACAAAUAAAUAUUUUUAUUUGAGCCGAAGCAUCACUGGAUGUGACGGAUCUGUUUGUAGCUCAUUAAAAUAAAUAAAGUAUCCAAGAUGAGUUUUAUGUUUCUGAAAUAGAACUCAUUUGUUGCAGCAUUAAGAACAUUUUAAACUAGUCGUAAAACCAAACCAGUGCUACCGGUGCUAGCUUCCCUCAGAAUGCCAGGAGUUCUCCUUCAGGUCGGUGCGACACUUCGGUGGUGGCUCCGCUGCCCCCUGCUGGUUGGGAUGUCGAUCCUCCUGAAGCAGUGAGGAAACCCGUCGUGUUUUCUGUCGUCGUAACAAACCCCCUUUCACGAGACAAAAACUUUAUUUCUCUGCUGAUACUCAGAAAAAGUAGCUGAAUGGUUCCAGUCCAUUUUGGGCCUUUUGGAGCGAAAGACCAGGAAGGCAUCUAAUUUAUUAUUAUUUUUAAAUAGAAAACUAUUUUAUCAAAAACAACACUGAAAACUGCAAAUAUUUGAUAAAACGUUUUAUUUAAAGCUUGUUUUUUUUUUUCAGAGAUGCUAUGAGUUUCCAGACGUGUUUUCUGUUUGAAUCCAGGGUGUUUGAUCAGAAACUCUGUUCUCGUUUCCCAGUUUAAACUCGUCUGUUCUGGUGAAUUCCACAUUGGUGCCCCCUCCAGUCAGUCAUUUUCAUGCCUUUUUCUAGCUCCUGCGUUUUUGUCUUGUACGUGCAACAUUUGUAUUAUAAUGUAUUUCCUACAUGAUCUUUGAACAACCUUUUUUGUUCAAUAAAAAAUGACCUGAAAAAAGUA